CGUUCUAAACCACGAGUCGACGCCAUUUUGGACAAAAACUUCAAUGGCGUCACUUCUUUGCCAAUAAUUUUCACCCACAAAACGUCUAUCUAAACUAGCAAAUUAAAGACAGAACCAUGACUCAAUAUCUGCCGUCAAACUUACUGGCUUUGUUCGCCCCAAGAGAUCCUUUGCCGUUUUUACCGCCAUUGGAUAAGCCAACAUGGCUGCGUAGAAAACCUUGGUCGUACAACGGAGUGUCAACGUAUUUACAUGUUUUUGAGGAUCCCAAAGACACCCCGCCACCCACAAGAGCUGAAACAAGAGAAGAAAAACUUGAAAGAAAGGAUACUUCAGAGUCCAAACUCAGACGAGAAAUGGAGAUAUAUGGUCCUAUAAACAUUAUCAAUAUGGUGGUUGACAGGAAGUCAUCAAAACCSCGAGGCUAUGCCUUCAUAGAGUACGAACAUGAAAGAGACAUGCAUUCGGCCUACAAGCAUGCCGAUGGAAAGAAGAUUGACGGAAGGAGGAUUGUUGUGGAUGUAGAAAGAGGGAGGACUGUGAAGACUUGGCGACCAAGAAGACUAGGAGGGGGUCUUGGUGGCACUCGUAUUGGUGGACCAGAUCAAAACGUGAAGCAUUCUGGUCGUGUGGAUAAUGCAGACCGAUACAACGAAGAGAGGGGCGAUCGUGACCGGGACCGGGACCGCGAAAGACGCGAACGCGAAAGAAAAGAUCGUGAAAGAGAUCGUGGUGAUAGAGAUCGUGGUGACAGAGAUCGUGAACGGAGAGAGCGUGACCGSUUUAAGGAGCGUGACAGAGAUCGCGACAGACGUAGACGCAGUCGGUCACGCGACAAGGAUCGUGACAGGGAUCGUGACAGGGAGAGACGGCGUGACCGUGACAAAAAUGAUCGUGAUCGAGGCGAUCGUGAACGUGGCGACCGCGGCGACCGCGAAAGAAGAGAUCGAGACCGUGACAGGGACCGAGAGAGAGAAGAYCGUGACAGGGACGGCUACCGUGACAGGGAAGAGCGUGACAACAACCGUGAUUAUGAGCGUGACUCGGAACGACCUAAAGAAGAACCAGGAGAAUACGGGGAGUAUCCUAACAACAAUUCAGUGCAUAACAACGCAGACAUGGAAAUGGUGGACUAGAAACUAGUCAUGUGACUAAAUCACGUGAUAACAUAAGCUUCAACGUCACGUGACUGUCACCAUUAUCACGUGGUAAUAGGYUUGAUUUUUAAUCCAGUMGACUGAGAACUAGUUAUGUGAAAUGUCUUGAAUGACACGUGACUAUUUCUUACYUUUUGUUGUCACGUGGUYUCUWAACGWUUUUUAAUCCGUAAGUAUACUAACUGGGCUUGAAACUAGUCAUGUGACUAUGUCAYGUGUCAAAGAUUGCARUGACAYGUGGGCUUGAUUUUGUUAUAUUWUAUAUAUAACGUGAUUGUCGUGAGUGAAGUCGACGUCAUAAAUAUCGUGUUUAUAAUAAUGUACGAAGUACUAACCCCUAAAUGUUGAAUGUUUAGAACACAACAAAGUCAACAGCUUUACACUUCCAAUAACCAUUUUGAAASUAAGCUUAGACCGAAACGACGGUUGACCUUGCAGUGACAACUGUACUCGCACUUGAACAGGUUGCAAGCUCAACUGYCGUUUGCACAGCUUCCAUUUAAAAUAGUUGCUGGAAAUGUACGGACGAAAUGUUGAMAGAGAAAAUGUAGAUUAAUAGGAAGACAAUKAAUAUUUGGUGUCAUUACUCGAAAUAACUUUUUACCGAUGUCACUCCGAGUUCCGAAUACGGACCGAUACCAUUCCGACAAGAUCGUAUCGACUCGGAGCUUUUAUCACUUAAAAGUAAACCUGUAACUCUUCUGUUUAAUAGAUUAAACAUUUUUUCAUCACUAGAUUUAAUUGUAUUAAAACGUUGGAAUAUUCUC